UUUGCAGUUUUGUUUCUUCUUCUGAAUUUGAGAGAAAUGACGACGACGACGAUGUCAAAUCUCCCGGAGGUUUUGGUAGACGAGAUUCUCUCUAGGGUUCCGAUUACAUCUCUUCAAUCAUUCCGAUCAACUUGUAAAAAAUGGGAAGCGCUAUCGAAAACUCAUAUUCUAGGAACAUCAGAAACCGCAAGGAAGCAGUUACUAGGGUUCACCUUAAUCGAUUACACGAUCUCCUCGGUAAAACUCGAUCUACAUGGAAUCAUCAACAACAACGACGGCGGCGACGAUUAUGUUAUUACAUCAUCAUUAUCAGUAAACCAAGUAAACAAAUUUGAUGAAAUCGAGAUAGCUCAACUCCUUCACUGCAACGGCUUGUUGCUUUGUGUCUUCAAAGAUAACCUCAAAAACAGUAGGCUCAUGGUGUGUAACCUCUAUUUAGGUGAAACGAGGUUGAUCAAACCUAGACACGUGUUUAACCGAUUCGAUGGUUUAGGCGUUUAUGGUUUCGGUUACGAUGAUGAUGGUAACCACAAGAUAUUGAGAAGCAAAUCUGUUAGUGAUGGUUACGAGAUUUAUAGUUUUAGAACUGAUCAAUGGAAGGUUCUUGAGAGUACACUAGAUGGAGACACAGAGAUUGGUUCAAAACGAAGCGUGUCUUUGAAGGGAAACGCUUACUUUUUUGCUACGAAGUGUAUUAUAGAGAGAGUUGAAGUAGGAGAAGGUGUGGAACCGAUGGAGUCGGAAGAGAGUAGAGAUUUUUUGCUCUGUUUUGAUUUCACAACAGAGAGAUUUGGUGAGCUUUUAAAACUGCCGUUUAACUCUGAAGGUGAUGGUGAAGACAAUGUGGGUUUAUCUUGUGUUGGAGAUGAGAAGCUCGCUGUGUUAUAUCGAAGCUACAAGUCGAUUGAUAUUUGGAUUUCUACUAAGAUUCAGCCUAAUGUGGUGUUGUGGAGUAAGUUUGUGGAGAUGGAUUUGGUGAUGCUCGAUGGUUUUAUCAUGGAUGGGUUUAGAGCUGGGAGCUUCUUUAUUGAUGAGGAGAAGCAAGUGGCUGUAGUUUUUGAACGAAGGCGAAACUACUCGAAAGCUUGUAUCGUUGGAAAGGAUGGAUACUUCAAAUCUGUGAAUGUUGGAGUUACUCUGCCUCGAUACUUUACUUCUUAUGUUCCUAGCUUAGUGUCACUGAAAUACAACAAGCCGAGCAAAAGGAAACAAAGAGAUAAUUAGAUAGUCUCUUCUGCAAUAUUUGUUACUUGUUGCAUCUAUCUCCUUGUGUUAAUCAGUACACGAGUAGAAUAAAGAACUCUGCUUUGCCUGUUUUCUGAU